GCUCCGAUGCGCCUCUUCACGCUGCUCGGCGUGCUAGCAACGGCCGCCCGCGCCUGCACCAUGAUCGCGGUCGGCAAGAACGCGACGAUCGACGGCUCGACGAUCGUCACGCACAACGACGACGCGGGCGGCGACACCGCCGACUUGCGGCUCGUCGCGAUCGCCGCGGCCGACCACGCUCCAGGAUCGAUGCGCGCCGUGUACAAGAUCUUUGGCGGCUACCCGCGCAUGGUAGCACGCGACCGCGGGCCGCAAUACGAGCCCGUGGACGGCCAAAACGUCUCGGUGCCGCUCGGGUUCAUUCCGCAGGUGGCGCACACGUACAGCUACAUCCAGCAAGAGUACGGCAUCGUCAAUGAGGUGCAGCUCGCGAUCGGCGAAAGCACGUGCAGCGCCAAGAGCACGGGCUGGCCGCUCAACAUCCCCGGCGGCCACUCGAUGUUUGGCAUUGGCGAGCUUACCAACAUUGCGAUGGAGCGCUGCGACUCGGCGCGGUGCGCGAUUCAAACCAUGGGCGACCUUGCGGUGCAGUAUGGCUUUUAUGGCGAGUACGGGGGCACGCCCGAGGCCCCGGGGCACGACUCGGAGGCGCUGGGGAUCACGGACAAGUACGGGGAAGUGUGGAUCUUCCACAUUCUCGCGUCGCCGGCCAACAACAGCGCGGUGUGGGCCGCGCAGCGCGUGCCCGAUGCGCACAUUGCCGUCUUGGCCAACCGGUUUACAAUCGGCGCGAUCGACUUAAGCAAACCGGACGAGUUUCUCGCGUCCGAAAAUGUGUUUUCGGCGGCCGAGGCGGCGGGCUGGUACACCCCCCAGGUGCCAGGCCGCACGGACGACUUUGAUUUCGCCAAGGUGUAUGGCCCGGCCCCGCCCCCGGGGCCUCACUUUUACGCGGACGGGCGGUCCUGGCGCAUCUACAGCUCGUUUGCGCCGUCCGUGGCCGUGCCCAAGACGUUUGGCUUCGUCGCGGAGUACCCCCACUACCCCUUCUCCGCGCCGGUCGACGCGCCCAUUGCGCUGGAAGCCGUGACACGCAUCUUGCGGGACCAGUUCCAAGGCACCGAGUUCGACUUGACAAAAGGCGUCGCCGCCGGGCCGUUCGGGUCGCCGCUGCGCUACUCGGGGUUCACGCGCGGCGUCCACGGUGGGUGGGUCAAUCCGAUCUCGGUCCACCGUACGCUGUACAGCUACGCCGUGCACGUCACGGCAACGGACGGGACGCUCUGGUUCGGCCAGAGUGCGCCGCAUGGGACCGUCUUUACGCCGUUCGCAUCCACCCAAGCGGCGCUACCCCCGUCGUACCACGACCUCGCGGGCAAGCAGAGCGAGUUCCACCACCAAUCGGCGUGGUGGGCCUUUAACUUUGUCAACAACUGGCGCGCGCUGCGCUACGACCUCAUCUCGGACGACGUGUGCGCCUUCAACACCAAGUUCCAGGACGAAGCGCUCACGGUGCACGAUCGUGCACUGCAACAGGCCGCCAGCCUCGAGACUGAUGAGGCGCGACGCGUCUUUGUCGAGACGGCGUACAACCGGUUCGCACAGCGGGUCGUCGACGAGCGCUGGCGCCUUGCGUGGGCCCUUGUCGCCAAGUACAGCGAUGGCUACGUCACGACCAGCGAGGAGCCUGGCGGUAUGGCGUCGCCUGGCUACCCGGCGUGGUGGCUCAACUCGACCAACUACGUGCAGUGGACGCCGCUGCCGUCACCAACGACCGCACUGGCAGCAACCGUCAGCGAGAGCCUCGGCGUCGCCUCGUUGAGUCUAGUGUGUGGCGUCGCCAUUGGUAUUGUCGCGCCAUAUGUGCUUGCUGCUUCGCGCCGCCGCCGAGGAUACCUCGCCGUGGCCUGAGCGGCUACGUCUCUCGUCUCUGUGGGAUGCAUGAUAACGUCCACAUCAAAGGAUUGGAGUG